UAACAAAAACUGGAAGGUUAUUAGAUCUUAAAGCAUAUGCUGUAGUGUAUGUUGAAUGUCGAUGCUGCGUUUGUUAUUUAAUUAAUUUCUAUAGGAUUUAAGAUGGUUAGCACUGUAUGUGAAACAAUAAAUUUUCCUGCUGAAGAAGAAAAGAUAAUCAAGUUUUGGGUAGAUAUUGAUGCUUUUCAACAAUGCAAUAAAUUAUCAAAAGGCAAACCUAGAUAUACUUUUUAUGAUGGACCCCCUUUUGCCACAGGCCUACCGCAUUAUGGUCACAUUCUAGCAGGAACCAUCAAGGAUAUAGUGACAAGGUAUGCAUUCCAGAAUGGUUACCAUGUUGAAAGGAGGUUUGGUUGGGAUUGUCAUGGUUUACCAGUUGAAUUUGAAAUUGAUAAAAAGCUAGGUAUUAAGGGUAAAGAAGAUGUUGAAAAAUUGGGUAUAGCCAAGUACAAUGAAGAAUGUCGUAAAAUAGUUAUGAGAUAUUCUAAGGAAUGGGAAGAGAUUGUUACAAGAAUUGGGAGGUGGAUAGAUUUUAAAAAUGACUACAAAACACUCUAUCCUACUUUUAUGGAGAGUGUUUGGUGGGUAUUUUCUGAGCUAUGGAAAAAAGGAUUAGUUUAUAAGGGUGUUAAAAUAAUGCCUUAUUCAACUGCAUGCACCACUCCACUUUCUAAUUUUGAAUGCGGUCAAAAUUAUAAAGAAGUUGUUGAUCCAGCAAUAGUGCCAAAAUUUCAACUAAAGGGCUACCCUGAAACAUAUUUGCUAGCAUGGACUACUACACCUUGGACAUUACCUAGCAACUUGGCUCUGUGUGUCAACACAGAUUUACAAUAUGUAAAAUUACAAGAAAUAUCUACAAAAAUUUGUUACAUUAUGUCAGAAGCAAGAGUAGGUGACUAUUUUAAAAAGAUUGAUGAUAAGACAUAUUCUCUUAAAGGAGAACAGUUUGAAUUAAUUGAAAAAUUUCCAGGCUCAAAAUUGGAAGGUGAAAAGUAUUAUCCUUUGUUUCCUUAUUUUAAACAUCUAGAGGAAACUUGUUUUAGAAUAGUUGUUGAUCCAUAUGUAACAGCGGAUUCUGGUACUGGAAUUGUGCAUCAAUCUCCUUAUUUUGGGGAAGAUGACUUCAGAGUAUGUUUAAAGUUUGGUUUGAUUACUAGGGAUCAAGACCCUGUAUGCCCUGUUGAUGCUGACGGUAGAUUUACUUCAGAAAUCAAACAUUUUGCUGGCAAACAUGUUAAAGAUGCUGAUAAAGAUAUCAUAAAUCACCUAAAAAAUGAAAACAAAAUAUUUUCAGUUGCCACUGUUUCUCAUAGUUAUCCAUUUUGUUGGAGAUCAGAUACACCUUUGAUUUAUAAAGCUGUGUCUUCUUGGUUUAUUAGGGUUGAACAAAUGAGCCAAGAGCUAUUGCAAGCAAACAGCUGUACCUACUGGGUUCCAGAAUUUGUAAAAGAAAAAAGAUUUGCUAAUUGGUUAAAAGAAGCACGUGACUGGGCUGUAAGUCGAAAUAGAUACUGGGGGACACCAAUUCCCCUUUGGGUUUCGGAAGAUAUGAAAGAAGUGAUAUGUGUAUCUUCUAUUAAUGAAUUAGAACAAUUGACUAAUAGUAAAAUUACAGAUCUUCAUAGAGAAAACAUUGAUCAUUUAACAAUUCCUUCAAGAAGAGAAGGAUUCCCACCUCUCAAAAGAAUACCUGAGGUUUUUGAUUGUUGGUUUGAAUCUGGAAGUAUGCCGUAUGCUCAGAUACAUUAUCCUUUCGAAAAUUCAAAAGAUUUUAAUCAACGCUUCCCUGCAGAUUUUAUUGCCGAAGGCAUCGAUCAGACUCGUGGUUGGUUCUAUACAUUGCUUGUGGUUUCUACUGCAUUGUUUAAUAAGCCACCUUUUAAAAAUUUGAUAGUCAAUGGGCUUGUCCUUGCUUCAGAUGGUCAAAAGAUGUCAAAAAGUAAAAAGAACUUCCCUGAUCCCAUGAAUGUUGUUAAUAAAUUUGGUGCAGAUGCUCUCAGAUUGUACUUAAUUAAUUCACCUGUAGUUAGAGGUGAUAAACUUCGUUUUAGAGAGGAAGGUGUAAAAGACAUAUUGAAAGAUGUACUUCUUCCGUGGUACAAUGCUUAUCGGUUUUUUAUUCAAAAUGUACAACUUGCAAAAUUAGAAAAAAAUAUUACUGUUUGCUUUGAUGAUGAGAAAAUUAUACCUAAUAAUCUAAUGGACCGUUGGAUUUUAUCUUUUACUCAAUCAUUGUGUAACUUUGUAAAGAAAGAAAUGGCAGCUUACAGGCUUUAUACUGUUGUACCUCAGUUAGUCAAGUUUAUUGAAAACUUGACCAAUUGGUAUGUUCGAAUGAAUCGUCGCAGGUUGAAGGGAGAAACAACAAUUGAGGAUUGUAAGAAUGCAUUAUGUACAUUAGGCAGUGUUUUAUUUGUGAUGAUACGUUUAAUGGCACCUUAUACUCCAUUUCUUACUGAAUUCAUUUACCAAAAUUUAAAACUUUUAACCAAUAAAAAUGAGAAGAGUAUACAUUUUAUUCCUGUUCCUCAAGCCAGAGAAAAUCUAAUUGAUGAAAAAAUUGAGAAAGCUGUUGCAUUAAUGCAAGAUGUAAUUGAUUUGGGAAGAGUGAUACGUGAUAGAAAAACUAUACCGAUUAAGUAUCCAUUAAAAGAAGCAGUGAUUAUUGUUAAUAGUGAAGAAGAAAUUAAAGAGAUAAGUGUUUUGGAAAAUUAUAUAAUGGAAGAAUUAAAUGUGCGAAAAAUAACUUUAUCAUCUGACCGAAGUUCCUAUGGUGUUUCGUUAAAAGCAGAAGCUGAUUUUAAGACCUUAGGACCUCGCUUGAAAGAUAAAUUUAAAAGCAUCAUGCAAAAUAUCAAAGAUUUGACUGAAAGUGACAUUCAACAUUUUUCUAAAACAGGUAGUAUAAUGAUUGAUGGGGAGGAAUUAACAACUGGAGACUUGAGAAUAAUGUUGAAAUUUGCUGGGGAAAGAGCUUCAGAACUGUCUGAAAAAUAUGAACCUAAUGGUAAUAAUAAUGUAGUUGUUUUAUUAGAUGUAACACCUGAUGAAGAAAUGCAAGCCGAAGGUCUAGCACGUGAAAUUAUUAAUAGGAUUCAAAAACUACGGAAAAAAGCCGGUUUAGUUCCUACUGAUGAAAUAUCAGUAUUUUCCAAAAUUAUUCCUGAUAAUUGUGAUGUCAGCAUUGUUGCAGAAAAAUAUCAAGAUUACAUUCAAAAUGCUAUUAAAGCACCAUUUCAUUUACAAAUACCAACCAACUUGACCACUCUUAUAGAAGAAAAACAACACUUAAAAGGUGCCAGUAAGGAAGCAACCAUCACAAUAGCCAUUGUUAAAUCAAAUGCAACUGGAUGUACUCAAAAUGAAAGUAAGAUUCCUCAUUGUCGAUUUGUAAUCGUGCAGUUCUUAGGUUCAGAACUAGGUUGUGGUGUGAAUGGUAACAUAGGAACUGUCUUGUUAGAGAAUCCUGUAGGUCAUAAUAUUUUAACAUUGAAAGAUUUAUCAGAAGAGGUGAAAAAAUUGUUCGGAAUUUAUGGAAAGGAGGUAGAAUUGUAUGAUAAUAAUGGAGACACGUUAACUGAAGAAAAGUUAAAAGCUAUUACCAAAACGCUGAUAUUUGCAAACCCUAAAGGUUUUAAAUUGGAGCACAAAAAUACAAGUUGUUUACCUAUUUCACAAUUUGUUGAUCUUAAAUUAAAGGAUAAAAGAGGCGCACUUAUACUAGAAAAUCCAUUAGGUACUAAAUUUUCCUUAUCUGAAGAAGAAAAAAUUUUAAGGGCAUCCAAAAUAUUUUCGAUAAAUGGGCAUAAGGAUUUAUCUCUUAAAGAUAUUGAAUUUGAAUAUUAAAAGAUUUUUUAAAAUCAAAC